AGCAGGUUAGGCUGCGUGAGACUGAGAUCCAUAGCAAUUUGACAGCUUCACAGAAGAAGGCAGCCGUUCAGAGUCUCUUUCACUUUUAUUUCUCCUCAUUUUUUCUGCCCUGGACUCUAUUGACUGUGAGCCUGGGGUUGUCACAUUCAAAAAACAUCCAUUUAAAGUCUUUACACUCCGGCAGCAUGAGCAAGAAGAAAAAGGACUGGAAGACUGAGAGAGAGAGACUGCUCCGGCUAGACCGGGAAGUACGUCGCAAGGAAUAUCGUCGUCAAGAUUUUAUACCUUUGGAGAAGAUUCCAACCUGGAGAGAAGAAAAUAUCUCGAGUGACAGAGAGGAUGUGGAGCUGACUGGAGGAGGAGGAGGAGGAGGAGGAGGAGGACUGAGUGAUAAAGUAUCUCUGUAUAAGGGGGACAUCACCAUCUUAGAAGUGGAUGCCAUAGUCAACGCUGCAAAUUCCAGUCUUCUGGGAGGAGGGGGAGUGGAUGGCUGCAUACACAAAGCGGCGGGGUCCUGCCUGUAUGAUGAGUGUCUCUCUCUUAAGGGCUGUCAAACCGGCAAAGCCAAAAUCACCUGUGGCUACGAUCUCCCUGCAAAAUAUGUGAUCCACACUGUUGGACCGGUGGCCAGAGGUCAUGUGGGCCAUACAGAGAGCAGUGACCUCGCCUCGUGCUACCAGAACUCCCUCAGGCUGAUGGAAGAACAUAACUUGAGAAGUGUGGCCUUCCCCUGCAUCUCCACAGGCAUCUAUGGCUUUCCCAACGAUCCUGCAGCUGACAUUGCUCUGAAGACGGUAAAGGAAUGGAUUCAACAAAAUCCCGACAAGAUCACACGGGUCAUUUUCUGCGUCUUCCUGGAGACUGAUUUUACCAUCUACAAGAAGAAAAUGUCUGACUUUUUCAAAGACGAUGACGAGGACGUUCCAAAGAAGAUGCCACCGGGGGAUGAUACACCACUAUUGUCAAAAUCGUCAGCCAAGGAAAAAGGGAGUGAAAACAACGAAGGUGAAAAAGAACCCGACGAUGAAGACAAAGAAGAAGAGCAGGGCGAUGAUGCGGCGACAAAUGACGACGUGGAGAUGCAGAGUCAAAACCUAGAGGAAAAUCCAUCCGGCGAUGAGCCAAACCAAGAACAACGGGAUGAAGAGAAAGAAACCCAAGACAAUGAGGAACCUAUGGCAGUGGACACUGGGAAGGAUGACAACGAUGGAAGUCAGGACGUCAGCGAUGAUACCACUGCAGACAAAGAGAAAAAAGAACCUGAAGCUAAGAUAGAGGAAGAGGACACAACAAACCCUGCUAAGGAUAAAGAAGGUGUUUCCAGCACCAAUGCUGACACCAGCAACGAAAGUGAGAUGGUAGAUCCUGUUGAGCAAUCAAAUGAGCCUUCAGUAUCACCCGCCAGCGAUCCGCCCAAAGAUCAUGCUGAAAAUAAUGAAUGACCUGCAGAGAGGAAGAGAGUCGACCUCAUCUGACAGCCAGCAAACUGUGCAAAGGCCAUCCCCAGUGGCCCCCCCACCCCGUCAGUGUGGGCUCUGACCCCCACCCCGGACCACCAGUUACUCACAAAACGCUCACGUUCCCAACUUUACUUCACCUCUGCCCUUAUCCUUAGAAAAGAAUCCAUCUCUGAAGUAUGUAAAUGUCUGUAUGUACGAAACCUUACGGAGGGACUCGAACAUAUCAACCCGAAAAGAUGAGCCAUACCUCACUGUGUGUUAGGGUCAUUUUGUCAGUGGGGUGCACCGAGUUCAACCAGGUUCAAGUCUCUUAUUUGAUAAAAAGCCACUGUGAGAGCGCGGCCAUGGCCGCCAGCUCCUCCACGUUGAUUCUUCAGGCUGGAUGACUCUUCUCACCAACACUCUUUGGUUCUUACAGCUCAGUCCCCCCCCCACAACAGUCCACAUUCAACAGUUUAACAUCAUUUUACCCCCAAAAUCAAAACAGCCCUUAUCUAUACGGCAACUUUAUCGCUAACAACAAACCAAGAGUCGACAAAUCGAUCGACCUUUUCCCCUCUUUGCCGUUUCCAGUGCAUGCCAGAAACCCGCUAUGACCUUCACCAACAGUCUUCUUUUUGCUUCUGCUUCUGUCCUUUCAGAUUGUCUAUGAAUUUAUGGAAGGAAUCUGCCUUAUUUCAUAUCAAAAUGACAAAAAUCACAAUCUCAGCCCGUAGGAGCAGCUACUGCUCUGGAUUCAUGGUUGUGUAUUGCUUGCAGAUGAUUUGUAUUUUUAAGAACAUGAUGUAAUGGCUAAUACCUGUUGUUAAUCACACCCGGGGUUUUCUUCAGUCGAUUUUAGGGUCCUUCUCCUUUUUCUGUCUCAUUUCUUUUAAGUGGUGCCAUUCUAAAGAGCAGAUGGGUUUCAAAUUUAUGAAAUGAUGCCUUCAUACUUGGAUGUUUGCUUUGCUAAAACUAUAACGAAAUCAACUAAUAAAGUUUAAAGCAGAAGCUGUGAGUCUU